UUUUCAUCGGAUGGAACAUCGUACGUGAGCUUUCCAUUUAAAUUUAAUGAACGGUUCUUUUGCAAGUGCUAAUUUUCUUCUAAGUGAAAUAAUUGCAAUUUCGUGUUACAAUAUGUUUACAUAAAUGUUUAGUGAACGUGUUUUGUCUAAUAAUAAGCUGAAAUAAAAUAGAAAUUAUUUCAACAAAAGCAAAUGUCAAACAAAACAAAAAGUGCCGUUGGACGAAGCGCCAAGUACUUACAAGAGGUACAUAUUUAAUCAAUUCCAAUUCAAAUGACAGAAGAGCAAGAACGAUCAUUCAUUAACACACCACAGAGCAGCAAUAACCAGAGAACGUGUAAAUGGUAUACGUUCUCUGCAAUAACUCAACGAUCUAAACAAAGAGCGUAUACGAUAUAAUUUACGUUCUUUACGAACGUACGAACUCAUCAGAGAAUCAUGAUAGACGUUCUUUGAACUCAUGCACCGUUUUUCACCAAAACCAAAAUUACUCAACACACUAAAAUACACGCCAUCAACAAGUGGCAAGGCGGUACGAUCAGCUGUUCACCGAGUUUGCAAAGCUGGCGCGCACAUCUGUCAGUUCACGUGCGAAUUUGAGUUUGUUUACAUCUAUCAAAACAAUUGUGAAAUAUUUAUCUAAUAAAACUCGCGUUCGGGAGUGCGGUUCGGUAAAAUUGAUAAUUAAACUAGUGUAAAUAAAGUGUUAAUCGUUUAUUUGUUUCCAACGCAAUGUCGAUUUUACUCGCGGAUAUCGAUGCCACUUGCGCGGCGCUUGGCUAUUACGAUAACGAACGCUAUUUGGCCGAGCCGGACGCAUUGCAGGGCCUACGGCAUUUAAUAUGGAUUUUGCGACGCGAUUUGGAAAACCAUGAAUACCGUCGUCACUUGGGGCAUGCCAAAGUCUUGCAAACAGAUUUGGUGCAUAUGUUGCAUGAUUAUGUGCACGAUCCGGAAUAUACAGAUGCGCUUGUGCGUUUAAUGGUCAUCUUAACAAAUCCAACUUUGUUGCUAUAUCGCGAAGGACCACCAAAAGAUUUCCAUAGUCGUAAAGUUUUCAUGGAAUUGAUUGAAAUUUCACAAGGUUAUAAGAGUGCCUUUACACAAGACAAAGUUUGGGUACCACUAUAUGGCAUAAUGAAAAAGGGAUUGGAAAUCGACUGGGCGAUACGCAGCGAGGAGCAGAGCUUGAUGAUUGAGCGCGUCCUUGUGCUGAUACGGAACGUGCUUCAAGUGCCAGCCAAUCCGGAGGCGGAGUGUCGUGCCGAUAACGAUGCCAGUCUGCAUGACCAAGUUAUCUGGGCGCUGCAUCAGUCGGGCCUCAUGGAUUUGGUGUUGUUUGUGGUGUCAUCACCGGAUGAGCAUCAGUUUCAUUUGCACGGUUUAGAGAUUUUGUGUCUGCUCUAUCGCGAACAAACAGCCGAAUCCCUAGCGGAUGCAUCGUUGCAACGCAGCAUUGCCGAGAAGCAACGCGACGAGCAGGAAUUGCUGGCAGCGCGUCGCCGCGAGCGACAACGGCUGCAGAGCAAACCGCCGACGAUGCGACAUUCACGUUUCGGCGGCACGUAUGUAAUACGGAAUAUGAAAUCCGUGUCGGAUCGCGACAUCAUUUGCCAUCAGCCGUUGGAACGUGUUAUGUCGAUUGAUUUCGAUCGUGAGAAGAAUCAGCAGAAGCGCUCAUUUCGCCAUGUUAAGGAGAAUGUCGAGCUGACGCGGCGCAGUGCGUUCUCAGUGCGUUUGUGCCUGCGCGAGUUCUGCAUUGAGAUCCUUCGCUCGGCUUACAACACGCUGGUGCGCCAGGUGCGGCGUGUGCUAGAACGUAACGCCGGCACUGACAACCAUGAUGACUCGUACCUUCUGUGGGCGGUACGAUUUUUCAUGGAAUUCAAUCGGUUGAGCGGCAUGCAGCUGGAGUUGGUGAGCGAGUCGUUGAGUGUGCAGUGCUUUCACUGGGUGCUUACGCGUAUGCAACAUGAUAUGGACAUGAUUAUCAGCGACAAGAAGCAGGCGCGCGUCUGGGCGAAACGCUUACAUGUCGCACUACAGACAUUCCGUGAAUUGUUGUUGAGUUUGUUGGCGCUGCAGAAAGUUAAGGACGAUCGCGCGUUGGCCCUCUUCGAUAUGCUAUUGAAUAAUGUCUGCUAUGUGCUGGAGUAUCGAGAGACAAUAUUGCAUCUGUUAAUGAACUACAAUGAAGCGCAUAGCACCAAAGCUUAUCUACGCGAUGUGAUCGAAACGGCCAACAUUUUCAUUAAAAUGAUGGAGAAGUUCUGCAAGGACACCGUGCUGUUGCAGGAGAAGAAACGCACCAAAAAGGGCGGACGAAAGUCGAAAGCAAAUAAAAAGCCGGAACCAAAACCGCAACUCACUGAGGAGGAGCUCUCCAAUAAGUGGGCUGAAAUAGCCGGCGAGAUAGGYGAAACACUCACCAAUGAACUCCAGUUGCCCGAAGAGGAUCAACCGCUGCCAUUCGAUGCGACAUCUGAGAAAAGCAUCGACGAUCARAAGGAAGACUGUAUGCUGCGUUUGCAUCGGUUUUUGCGCGAUCAGCUAUUUGAAAAGGCCGUUUCCCUACUGCGAGCAGCCAGAGAGGUCUGGCCGGAGAACGACGCUUUCGGCGCCAUGUCCGCCGCRCCAGAAGAUGAAUUGUUGCUGCUGCGUGAGAUCUACAUGCACAACAUUGAAUCAG